AUGAGUGAAAAAGUUUGCAGCCUCUGUCAAAGAUCUUCCAAGUCACCUGCAGUGGCCUCCAGAAUCCUUAUGCCAACUCCCAGGUGCCUGAUUGAGAACAAGGAAAGUAAUCUUGUUGUCUGUCCAGAAGCCCUACAGGUGCUGUCUGAAAUAGACCAGCCUGUGGUGGUAGUUGCUAUUGUAGGACUUUGUCGGACAGGAAAGUCCUAUCUCAUGAACAAACUUGCUGGCAAAAAUAAAGGUUUCCCUCUGGGCUCUACGGUGCAAGCCCAAACCAAGGGAAUCUGGAUGUGGUGUGUUCCCUACCCUGGCAGACCAGACAAGACUCUUGUGCUCCUGGACACAGAAGGCCUUGGUGAUGUGAAUAAGGGUGAUCCCCAGAAUGACUCCUGGAUUUUUGCUCUGGCUGUCCUUCUCAGCAGCACUUUGGUCUACAACAGCAUGGGCAUCAUUGACCAGCGAUCUAUGGACGAGCUCUAUUAUGUGACAGAACUGACUAAGUGCAUCAAGGCCAAAUCUUCACCUGGGGAGAUCCCGGAGGGAUUGGAAGAUUCUGCUGACUAUGUUCGCUUCUUCCCGUCUUUCAUCUGGGCUGUGAGGGAUUUUACUUUGCAGCUAAAGCUGAAUGGGCAGCCCUGCACUGAGGAUGAAUAUCUGGAAGAUGCGCUGAAACUAAAGAAAGUUUCAGAGGACAAAGUAGCAUCCGAUCCCAUUGACAACCUGGAGCCAGAAGAGUCACUUGCAAGCUCCCCAGUUCCAUCAGACACUGCUGAUAUCCAGCGAUUCAACUUGCCCCGCGAAUGCAUCCGGAUGUUUUUCCCUACACGGAAAUGCUUCAUCUUUGACCGUCCCGCUGGUCUAAAGAACCUGCAUCAGUUGGAGGACAUGGAGGAGAGCAAACUGGAACCUGAAUUUGUGACACAAGCAGAACUGUUCUGCAAUCACAUUUAUGAGAUAUCCAAAGCCAAGACCGUCCCAGGAGGGAACAUUGUCACAGGCCGCAUGCUGGCGAAGCUGGUGGAGACCUAUGUGGACACCAUACGUAGUGGGGGAGUGCCUUGUGUGGAGAAUGCAGUGAAGGCCCUGGCUAAGAUGGAGAAUGCAGCAGCCUUGAAUGAAGCCACUGCUCGUUAUGCGGAACUGAUGGAGCAGAAGGUGAAGCUGCCCACGGAGACUGUGCAGGAGCUCCUGGAGAUGCAUGCUGAGAGUGAGACUGAGGCACUCAACGUGUUCAUGGCCCGUGCCUUCAAGAAUGACAUAGAAGAGUCCCAGAUCGAGCUCAUGAAAACUCUGCAUCAGAAAAAGGAGGAGUAUUGCCGGAAGAAUGAACUAGAAUCCUCAGAACGCUGCAAGUCUAUAUUGACAUCACUCUCUGAGGAACUGGAGGAUGGGAUCAACCAGAGAAUUUACUUACGAUCUGGUGGCUACCAGCAUUUCUUGGAUGACAUGAAUAAAAUAAAGGAGCGAUACCAUCAGAAAAAUGGGAAAGGAAUAAUGGCAGAAAAGGUCCUGCAGCAGUUCCUUAACGAGCAAGAUGCUGUGGGCAGAAACAUACUUCAAAGUGAUGAAGCUCUCACAAAUGCAGAGAAGGAACUGGAAGAUGCAAGGGUAAAAGCUGAGAAAGCAGAGCAAGAGAAAGCAGUCCAGAAGCAGGAACAGGAAGAGCUGCAGCAGAAGAUGGAAGAUCAGCGUCGAUCUUUGGAAGCGAACAUUCAACGACUGAAGGAGAAGAUGGAGAAAGAAAGGGAGAAGCUACUGGAAGAGAAUGAGAGGAUGUUGGAUAGUAAAAUCAGGGAGCAAAAGAGAUUUCUGGUGGAGAAACACCAGCAUUCUGCUACCCAUCUGCAGAGGGAGAUUGUCCAGCUGAAGGAAGAGGCUCAGUCUACUGCAAGUUCAUCUUGGAUAUUACAGAUAUUGAUGGCUCUAAUAACUGCUUUCACAUUAAUCUUUCCAGAAUUGCUGACGUUUGCUUUUCGAGUUUUCAGGAAGUUAUGA